GGCGUGAAGCCUAGAGGGUAGGGGGGCUACUCGUAGCCCCGUUUCAGUACAAAGACUUGGAACCAAAACUCGAUGCGAUUUGUUUAGAUCAAACGGGCCGUAAAAAAAUAGAAAAAAAAAAGAGAGAGAGGAUUAUUCUUGUGUUCGGCUGCGUUGAGUUGGGUUGGGUUGGGUUGGGAUCUAGUCUAGUAUAUGUAUAGAGGCGGCGAGCGCGAGCAUCCCAUUCGAUUCCGCGUCUCCUGAAUCGCGCUUAAUCCCCUCGACCUGGUGAGGGGGGUGUGGAGCUGGAAUUCGAAUUCGAAUUGGGAGCGGCUGGAUUUGGGUUUGGAUUUGAGGAUUUUGGUUUGUGGGCGGUGGCGGUGGCUGCGGGCGGUGCGGCUUGGAGUUGGAGCUGGGGGUGUUCCCCACCAUUGCGUGGGGGGGAGGCGGCGAGGGGGACGAUCCUUCCCCGGCGACGGUGGCAGGUUUGAUCCAAAUUGAGCGCCUCGGAUUCCUGGAGGAUUUGGGGCGCAUGUUUAUGGAGGAUUAGAUCGAGAAUUUUAGCUGGUUCUGUGGGAUGGCCGCCGAUUCCAGCAUGGGAUUCCACCAGGGAAUCACGGCCUCCAUGUACAACCAUCACAUGCUCUCUUUCCAAUCUACUAGCAGCGACUUGGGCAGUGGCGCCGGCGCUGCGGGCGGCAUGGUGAUGGCCCCGAGGGGCAUGAGCGGGACCAGUAGCAGCGCUGGGCUUUUCCUCUCCCCGAACACCGGCGUGCUGAGCAACGCAUCGGUGGUUGGCCCGUCGAGGAGCUCGUCGGGGGAUGUGUUCCAUAGCACGGUGGCGCCCAAGUAUAAGUUUGUCACAGGUUCACCUUCAGAUUGGAGUGAACUUGAGCUGAACACACUGAAGGAAGGGCUAGUGAGAUAUGCCCGUGAACCUAAUAUCAUGAAGUACAUAAAAAUAGCAGCUAUGCUACCCAAGAGGACUAUCAGGGAUGUUGCAUUACGGUGUUGGUGGGCUACAGGUAAAGAUAGAAGGAAGAAGCCUGAUGGAUUUUUUACAGGGAAAAAGAUAAGAGACAUGAAGCAGCCAAUCCAGGACAAGAUGGUUGCAUCUGCCUCCAUGGCUAAUUUUCACCUAGCACCUGCAAACACUCUGACCCCUUUCUCAAUCUCAAUGCAACAUACAAAUCAACAAUGUCAGGUUCCUAAGGAAGUUCCUGUGGUGGAUAGUGCAACCCAGCAUCUCCUGGAAGAAAACAAUCAUUUACUCAACCAAAUUUCCACAAAUAUAGAAACAUUCAAGACAGGGGAGAACGCGGAUCUCUUCUUCCGGAUAAACAACAACUUGAGAACAAUCUUAAGCAGAAUGAGUGAGACACCUGGUAUCAUGGGUCAGAUGCCCCAAUUGCCAGUGCAUGUAAAUGAGGACAAUCUAAAUUCACUUCUUCAGUUAGACAGAAUGGUGAUGAACCUGUAAAUGUCUUGACCACAUGAUUGACGCUAUGUUCUAAAGGUUCCUUCCUACGGAGUAACGCACACCUCCCACAUGAAGCAAGAACCACGAAGCUAACAGAAACAUACACGGAAACAAGGACGAGAAGUAGGGGAAAAGAAGAAAAAGAAAAGAUGGCUGGGGCUCCCCUAAGUUCCCUAUACCAGCAAGGCUUUCAAGUUGAUGUAGCGGGUGAGUUAGCACCAGGAACAGUCAGCCCCGGCGCUUCUUUCUUCCAGCGAGAUUGUUUUCCAGUGAUGUCUGGUUGUAUGCCUGCCUGCCCCCUCCCCUGUUGAAAGCCCCGGAAAUGAGGCCUGCAGCUGCGGGGCAACGGUAUGCGAGCGAGCUGAGUUGCUACUGCUGCUGUACCUGGUAGGCAUCCAGCGAAUACACCCAGACACGCAAGUGACUGUAAAUAUUUUGGAUGGCUGAAGGCGUUCCCCUGUCCCUGUUUUGUUCUCUCUGAUUGAUCUUUAAUAUAUUUUUUCGGAAGGGCACCUUGUAUGUUUCCAUUCUGGAGAGUUUGAAGGGCACCUGAUGUAUUAUUGCACAGUUGGAAGUUCGUGUUUGACAUUUUCUGUGCGUGAUAUAUCAUGUCGUUAUCACGUUUUUAAACAAA